CUGCACCACCUCACACGUGUAUCUGUUUAUUACCCUCACUUUCUGUGCGAGCGGAUAUCUAAACACAUCUAUCCCUGAGAGAUAGAGACGAGACGCUGAGAGCCAGGAGAAACCUGAACAGCAUCAUAGACCUGUUCUGUGACAGGAUGGCUGGGUUCAAGGAGCUACGAUUCACUGAGGAGAAGCCCCUGCUGCGAGGUCAGGACACUGAGAUGGAAAACUGUGAUGCUUUCAUCCCAGUUGUGGACACAGACUGGAAGGAACACGAUAUUGAGACUCCCUAUGGGCUGCUCCACGUUGUGAUCAGAGGGGCUCCGAAAGGGAACCGCCCCGCUAUCUUGACCUACCACGAUGUGGGUCUGAAUCAUAAGCUCUGCUUCAACACGUUCUUUAACUUCGAGGACAUGCAGGAGAUCACCAAGCACUUCGUGGUGUGCCAUGUGGAUGCACCCGGGCAGCAGGCUGGAGCUUCACAGUUCCCACAGGGAUACCAGUAUCCAACCAUGGAUCAGCUGGCUGGUAUGUUGCCCAGUGUAGUCCAACACUUUGGGUUUAAGAGCAUCAUUGGAAUCGGGGUUGGAGCUGGGGCCUAUGUCUUGGCUAACUUUGCCCUGAUUUUCCCAGAACUGGUGGAGGGUCUAGUCCUCUUAAACAUUGAUCCCAAUGGCAAGGGCUGGAUUGACUGGGCAGCUACCAAGCUGUCUGGAUUGACCAGUGCUCUACCUGAAACUGUCCUUACCCACCUCUUUAGCCAGGAAGAGCUGAUGAACAACACAGAGCUAGUGCAGAGCUACAGGCAACAGAUUGCAACCAGUGUUAACCAGUUCAACCUGCAGCUCUUCUGGAACAUGUAUAAUGGUCGCAGAGACCUAGAAAUGAAUAGGCCCGGGACGGUUCUUAAUGCCAAAACCUUGAGGUGCCCAGCAAUGCUGGUUGUUGGAGACAAUGCCCCUGCUGAAGAAGGAGUGGUUGAAUGCAACUCCAAGUUGGACCCAACCAACACCUCCUUUCUCAAGAUGGCUGAUUCUGGUGGACUCCCCCAGGUGACACAGCCUGGAAAACUCACUGAAGCCUUCAAAUAUUACCUUCAGGGAAUGGGAUACAUUCCGUAUCUAAAGGAUCGAAGGUUGAGUGGAGGAGCAGUGCCAUCAGCCAGCAUGACCCGCCUGGCACGCUCUCGAACCACCUCUCUGACCAGUGCCAGCUCCGUGGAUGGCAGCCGCCCGCGCACUUGCACUCACUCGGACAGCAGUGACGGCAUGGGCCAGAUCAACCACACCAUGGAAGUGUCCUGCUGAAGGAGAGGGGGAGGGACAGAGAGAGGCAAAGAAGAAAGAUGUCGACCUACAAUCGGCACACGUGUGGAGUCGCUUUAUCUGAAUGCCCCAGACUCCCUACUACCCACUAGCCCCUAGCUCUAUAACUAACGUGAAUGCGAAAGUUGUUCCUUGAAUUUUAAAAACAAAUAACAGUAGCCAUUGUUCUAGCUGGUUUUGUGUGGCGAUUUGUGUGCAUUUCAUAGUACCCGUCUCCCUUUCUGAACCUUUCAUUCCUGUGUUUCAUUAUACAAAAUACAUACCUUUUUAAAUACAUCUAAAGUAGAGAAUAAAGGGCAUCUCUAAAGCGUGGAAUAAGAACUCAACUCGAAGUAUUAAAAAUGUUAAAGAGAUAGUAGCUUAGAAUAAAACAUUUAUUAAAUACCAAUCAGAGUGGGGCAAGCUUCUUGGCAACAUAAAAAGUAAUUGUUAUUUUAACGUGAUAUGCAAUCACACCAUUUAAUUAGUUUAUGAACACCUCAUAAGUAUUGGUGAAAACAAAUACAACCUUUAGUACAUUGACAACUUUGAAUUAUCAUAAUCCAACCUCAAAAUAUCUAGAAAGCAGUCUCUAAAAACUGACUUCCUAACAAACUGUAGACCCCUUUUAUUGAACGAUGUUUGUUUUGGUGUGUCUGUGUAAACCGUUCUUGCGUCGUCUCCCAAAACUCGCGGGUCAACGUAUCUGUUUGGGUGCCCCUAAACCAACGUAGGGGUUGAGUAAUGAAGCUGGUACUAUAGUGCAUUCCUGAUGGACUUAACACAAGUCAUUACAAUCAAAAGAAAUCAGUUGAUUUUAUUAGACAUUUCGACAUACCAUAAGAGCAAAGAAGAAUGGGAAUAGUUUACAGAUUUACAACAAUUAUAUUUUCUGCAAAGUCCUUUUAAUUGCCAGUUAUCUACUGAACUUUUAUUUAUACUGAAUUAUAAAUGCAGACUAAAAACACACUUCUUAAAGGUGAAUGGACUGUCCAGAUUGGUUUCUACAAAUUACAACUUCCACUAGAAUGUAUAUCAAUUUAAGAGACACAUGCUUUUAUGCACUCAGAACUGGAAAACAGAUCAGGGACUGUAGGGUUUCCUUGAUGUUUUAAGGGGAUUUUCAUUUCACAGUAAGAGGAGACUUCAAAAUAAAAUAAAUAUUGAACAUAGUCAUUGAUUAUGCCAGAUUGAUACUUACGUUUCCUUUUAGAAGUGUGUUUAUCAAUCAGUUUGUGGAUUUCAGUCUACCUGUCAGCCAAUCAGAAUACAGGUGUGUCCAUUCUCCAGUGAUCAGCUUUAAGUGUUUUCUUGAAUGACAAUCACAUUUACAAUAUACCAAAACCAACCUUGAAGCUGUGGUAACACAGAAUAUCGACUUGACCAACUCUGCUAGUUCUGGUUAUCUGUAAUGGGAGGAUUCAUUAAUUAUUACUAUCUAUAAGGGGUGGGGCUGUUGGAGCCUUCAGCUCUUAAUCUGGAAUGUAGGGCAUGACCCAGAAUGACUUUGCCCCACUCCUUAGAGAUAUUAUAAAUUAGCUGUUUUUGUUACCCUAGGGCUACAGUGCAGGUAGAAUCCCCAACUGAAACACAAAUUAGAUAACUAUGGAACCCUGCUCCAAGGGCAUCUGUUUACCCUAUAUAGCCGGAGGACUUGGGAGGAAGAGGGAAUUCAUGACUCCCAUGGGUGACUUAUUAUUUAAUUUCUUCUAACCAAAAAGAACAUUUCAUUUCUGCAGACUCAUCCGGCAUGCAAAUUAACAACUCCCCUCUUUUUAAAGCCAUUUUGCCAGUGAAAGCAUGAACCAUGCCUUAUUGAAACACCAACAUACUACAUACCUGCCUACCUCCCUGCCAGCCCAUACACCUAAAGCUGUAUAUUUAGUCAGCUUUUAUAUUGCACGACCUACGCCUAUCUGAGAAUGCUAGUCAUUUAAGCUUUUUUGCUUAUGUAGAACAUGCUCUUUAUUUUCAGUUUCAUCGGUUUUCUCUUGACCUUCAUCGUGCCAACACCAGCUUAGUAUUGUAAUGCAAUCUUAAAAAUGGUCAUUUCUUUUGCACAAAGGAUUAUGGCAUACAAUCAGUCAGAAAUGUCAUGAUAGUAGAUAAAAAUCAAAGCUUUUGUGUCCGUCAUUCACCUUGAAAUGAUAUAUGGUAUGCUUUUAAUCUUUUAAAAAAAAAAAAAAAAAAAGAUACAGGGCUUGAACUGUUAAUUCUCACACAAUUUUAAAUGUAAUAAGGGGUUAAGAAAUGAAUACUACGAUCUUGCGGUUAGAACUGAGGGACUCAGAACAAGAGUGGACGAGUGAUCAGAGCUGACCCAACCUCCAGACUCCUUACCAUCACAUACAUCAAGAUUCUCCUGUUCUGGUUGGCCCAAACUGAGUUCCGCUGCAUGAACCUUUCGCACUGCAUUCUCAAACCAAUAAAGUACAACACAGUCUAACGCCAUCCAAUCUUCUACUACCUUACAAUGGAAUAGAAUAUUAAUGUGCACAGAGAAUGCAUUGUGACAUCUCUGUAAAAAAUUGUUGAAACAAUGUUUAGUGUGUUCAGGUGCAGUAAAAGCCCUUCAGUGUGCUUCCCCCACAUAUUUGGCAUACAUCCUACUAAGCUUUAGCGCUGUAGAUAAUUGAUGUUUUUAGAGUGAUUAUGUAUUCAAUACUUGCCUAGUAUUGUGAUGAAUACUGUUUUAUUUUUAUUUAUUUUUUUCCCCCUUUUUAUGAUAAAAGUGUUCUCCUGUGGUGUAGUUGUUCCGGUGAGUAAUUGUUUUUGUUUUCAGCAAUAAGUUGUUUUGUUCUCUUGCUAUCUUGUGGGUGCUGCUUGGAGAUGAAUCUUACCCACAGCGUUUAGGUACCACAGUAAAUCGCUUAUGAUUCUGAAGUAUUAUGUAAAAGGUGUCACUGUUGAUGUAACAAAAUAUAAUGUGUGGUUCAACAAUAAAGAGGUUUAUCUCA